UUAAUAUACGAGAUCACUAAAGAUUUCAUUAUAGAUUCAAAAGUAGCCAAUGAAAACAUUUUCAAUUAUUUAAAAAGUAUCAUAAUAAAUUUAAGGUCUUAAUAAUUCAGCAGGCUAGUGAAUUGUGUGAUACGCAAAAAAAUGGAUCAAAAAGGUAUAACUAACAUAGAAUUUGAUAAACGUAUCUACCUGUGGACUAUAAACAACUUUAGUAUUGGUUUUAAAACAAUAUUAAAAAUAGGGCUACCGUUAACAUCUCCCACUUUUACUGUGGGGAAAAAUAACUCAGUUUGGUGCCUGAAACUACACAGAAAAUUUAAUAUUUUUGAUAGCCAAAACUAUCUUACAUUAUACUUAAAACUUGUAUCAAGCGAUGAAGAAAAACCAGCACUAGCGAGCUAUAAAUUUUCAAUAAUAAAUGAGAAAAGCGAAAAAGUACAUGAAUUUGAAGGUGUGGAACGAUUUGCCCAAGGAAAGAAAAUUUCUUACAACAUUACUAGGGAGGAUCGAGUUUUACCUAAAACGUUUCAGUUACUUUCUGAAGAUAAACUUACAAUAUUUUGUGAAAUAAUUGUCUUACAUGAUUAUAUAACAGACCAUUCAAGUUCAAUACAAGUGCCAGAAUCUCGACUACUAGACGAUUUUAGUAUGCUAUUCGAAUCAAAAAAAUUUUGUGAUUUUACUUUAACAGUUGAUGGUGGCAAGGAAUUUCAAGUACAUAAAAAUAUUUUAGCAGCUCGGAGUCCUGUAUUUGCGGCAAUGUUUGAACAUGAAAUGGAGGAAUGCAAACAAAAUCGUGUAAAUAUAGCUGAUAUUGAUCAUGAAAUAUUACAUGAACUUUUAAAAUUUAUAUAUACAGGAAAAGCGGAAAACUUAGAGACAAUGGCUGGUAAAAUUUUAGCGGCAGCUGAUAAAUAUGACCUAAAAAGGUUAAAGAAAUUAUGUGAAAAAGAGUUAUGUACAAGUUUAACAAUAGAGAAUGCUGCGGAAACAUUAAUAUUAGCUGAUAUCCAUAACGCUGAUCAAUUAAAAGCUGAAGCUAUUUAUUUUAUUAACAACAACAACUCUGCGGUAAAGAGUACUACAGGAUGGAAAGAAAUGAUACAAACAUAUCCGCAUAUAGUUCUUACCUAUACCGACCACUUGGACUACAGCCAAAUGUGAAGAAUAAAUAAACAGCUACCAGAAAUUUAUAUUUUUAUUUUAAAUUGUAAUUUGGUUGUUUUCGAAAGUAAUGUUUAAAAAACUGUGUAAACAAAUGAAUAAUAAAAAUUUUUUGUUAGUUUAUUGUCAACAUCAAAUGAAAUUACGAUUUGGUGACAUCGAUAUAAUGCAUCUACAUUAUAUCUAUGAAAUCAUAUCUUGGGACUUUUUCCGAAAUAUACAUCAGUGUAUCCGACAUUAGUGCACGAAUCCGACUCCAUAUUUUACUGGUUUGCAGCCAUAUUGUGCUGGUGAGGACAGUGUGACAGUUUUUGCUGGGCGUGUAUGCACGUAUGAAA